UUAGACUCUGCGCAGGCGUACUGCGCGAACCAGCGACAUAGACUGGCGAGGCUGCUCUAGGGUAACAGCUGUGCAUUGAGAGCUACCGUCGCUUGCUAUGGUGUCCAAAACAAGGGACAUAGUUCAUCUCGAGUGCCCGUGAGUCAGGAGAGGAAGUGGCCGCCCGCUUUUACGAGUUGGGAGACGUGCCAAGGAUGACAGAUGACUCAAUUCAGCUCCAUGUGCCUGUUAUUCGGCAGCAAUAUCAUUGGGACUGUGGGCUGGCCUGCUCCAGGAUGGUUCUGAGGUAUCUCCAUCCUGUGGAUGAAGAAGAGUUUCAGAAUGCUUGCUGGGAGCUGAAGCUGACUGAAAGUGUGUGGACUAUUGAUCUUGCAUACCUGUUGUGCCUCUUGGGAGUAAAGCAUAGGUUUUGCACCCAAACACUAGGAGUGGAUAAAAACUACAGAAACCAGUCAUUUUAUAAGAAGCAUUUUGAGACAGAAGAAGACCGAGUGAAUGAACUUUUUAAUAAAGCUGAUUCCAAUGGAGUGGUUGUUGAAAAAUGCUCUGUGACUAUUCAGGAGAUACAAAAUCAUUUGAUACAAGGACAUGUGGCCAUUGUAUUGGUGAAUGCUGUUCUGCUUGUCUGUGACCUCUGCUCGACUCCUGUCAAGUAUUGCUGCUUCCUUCCUGUUGGCCAGAAGUGCUUCUGCAGGAAACCUGACUAUCAGGGACAUUUCAUUGUUGUGUGUGGCUUCAAUGGGGCCACCAACAGUAUUUAUUAUAACAACCCGGCCUACUCCGACCGUGUGUGCUGCACCAGUAUCAGUAACUUUGAAGAGUCACGAAAGAGCUAUGGAACUGAUGAAGACAUUCUGUUUGCUUAUAAGGAAAGUUGAUGGCCACCCAGAGCAAUAAACAGUCACUGUGAUAUUCUUGCUGGUAUUCUGAAUAGGCUAGCAAAACAGAACUCUUCAGCCAUAUUUUGCACAUAACUUGUAAAAGAGCUGUAGUCAGAGUUUCUUUUCUAAGACUUGGCCAGUUUCAUUGGAUGUAUAUAUUAAUGAAAAGGGAAAUAUUUAAGGACAAACUCAGAAAUAUGGGGUUUACAAAAGGGAAACCCAAUGGAAGAGAAAAGUAAAACCUGUGAUAUUUUCAUAACCUGCUAUCCAAAAAAACAGUUCUAUCCGGGUUUGAAUAUAAUCCAGUGUAAUGAAUCCCUUGUUCAUAUAUUUAUCCUAUAGCAGAGAUUAUCUGGUUAUACCCUUCAGUGAUAUUUUGGCACAGGAUUUGGGUUGAAGAAAAAAAAACAAAAAAAACAGACAUCCUCCUUUGCUAUCUGUUAAGAAAUAUACAGGGAACCUAAGCCAAAGUCUUGGUCUUUAAAAACUAUGUAGUUCUUACAGAAUCUAAUUAUUCUGAAUGUACAUGCUUUUCAUUACUUGUCUCAAAUACUGAGGUUUACAUGAAGACAUCUUCAACUAGAAAUGUCGCACACACUCAAUUCCAGGUAGUAAUGGUGUGUUAGAUUCCGUUACAAGUCAGGUUUGAUUUUUCUUUCUUUUUAAGGGUUCAUUAUUAGUUAUUAGAACCUUUUUUUCAUCAAAUCUAAAUGUAUUAUGAGCAUACUUGAAAUCAAUUUUUGCUACCAAUGGUACUAACAGUAUUUGUUGGAACCCUUCAUUUUUUAAUCACGUUCUUCAUUUCUGCUAUCCAUGAUCCAUUGUGGCACUUCUAGCUUGGUGAUGUGAGCCGUACUAUGUAUGGUUACUGCUGUUUCAUGUUGGUGAGUAAAUGAAAACUGUCUCUUCUGACUGUAGCAGUACCUACUGCCUGUUACAAAAAGUGUCCACUUUUUAAUUCACAGUUUUCUUGCUUUAUUGAUGCAAGGCAUUGUUUCACCACUUUUUAAAAUAUGCACGGAAAUACACUUUCCUCUAACUAUAAAAUAUAUAUACUGUUAACGAAUUGCUCCAAUUAUCAAUAUACUAUUGCUUUGACCCACUAGAAUUGCACACUAGGAAUGUUGCAUUUUAUCAGUCACUGUAAAGCGAUUUGUGAUAUAAAAUGUAGACCUCUGUACAACCUGAAAAGCAUGAGACUGCCAUAGAGCCACACUUCUGAAUUUCUAGCUCUGAACAGUAGAGUCUGUUGGUGGCUUUCCAGUUAGCUGCUCGGGCCAAAUUGGAGGCAUGUUCAUUCAUUGUCUUUACAAAGCCAUAGGAAUAUCUGUGUGGAAGUAAAUUAAAGAGAGUCUGGAUGGUUUUUACAAAUUAGUCUGUCAGCACUACUGCAACAUUCACUUUGUUAUCCUUCAAUGAGAAGAGUAAAAAAGGUACAUGGGUGAUAUUAAUUCAGCAAGGAGGUAGCAUUUUUUUUGUCAGAUAACUAUUUUUUUACAGUAAAGAUCCCUUUCCGUUCUUAAAUAGUCACAGAAUAUUUUACUUUUUGUUUUAUUAAAUCUUGCCUGUUGUUAGCAAAGGGAUUGCACUGUUAACAACCACAGAAGAAUGCAAGAUGACGUUGGCACUGUUUAAAUUUCAAACAGGAUAAUUUUUUUUUUCGAUAAAGAUCAAGAUGUUUUAAAAUGUAUAUUUUUAAUUGCAUUGAUCAAUAAAAUGUCAUAUUUAACACUAA